AUGGCAGAAGGAACUUCUCAGAUUGUCGCCAACCUCAAAUCAUGGAUUGUAGAGCACGGGGGUCUGGUCCAUCCAGAUGUCGUGUUUGAGUCGGUGGAAUCUGGUUUCAAGAUAGUCGCAGGCAACGACAUUCCUACGGACGCGACGAUCGUCUCCAUUCCCUCUGCGCUUUCGAUCACAUCGACCGUCUCGAAAUCCGCGUUGCGAGCUCUCCUCAACAGCCAAGCAGAUGGCCUCUCAGAAAGGCAGCUCGCAUGCACAUAUAUCUGCAUGCAUUGGGUCGCAGGUCCAUCCGACGUCCUACAACACCUUCCGUAUCUCGCCACUCUUCCUUCGUCUGACAAGCUCCGGACACCGCUACACUUCACCGAGGCGGAGCUAGAGGCGUUCAAAGGCUCGAACUUGUACGGUGCGACAUUGGACAGGAAACGCGAAUGGCAGACUGAGUGGGAAGAAUGUCGAGCCAUCGUCGCGGCAUCGAACGUGAAGUGGGGGGAAGACUUCACCUGGGAACGCUACCUCACUGCCGCAACAUACCUCUCCUCCCGCGCGUUCCCCUCCAUGCUACUCUCCCCGGAGCCUUCCCUCGUGGCCACUCCCGACUCAUACCCCGUCCUCCUCCCGGGCAUCGAUGCGCUCAACCAUGCCCGCGCGCACCCCGUCUCGUGGGUCGUUUCCAAAUCAUCCGACUCGUCCCCGGACGCCCUCCUCCUCUCCCUCGUCAUCCGCACUCCCACUCCCCGCGGCGGCGAGCUCCUGAACAACUACGGUCCAAAACCCAACGCAGAGCUCAUCCUCGGCUACGGCUUCGCCCUCCCGCACAACCCCGAGGACACGAUCGUGCUCAAGCUCGGCGGCGGGCCCGGCUCUCCCGACGAGCAAGCGCGGUCGGAAGUCGGUCGCGCGGGGCGGGGCGCGGAGGCCGUCUGGGAGAUCCUGUACGCGCAGCUGCGCGAGAUGAUCGAGGCCGACGACGAUCCUGCGGACGAGUGGGGCGUCGAGGACGUGAUGGAGGUCACGGACAUGAGCUGCGCCGUAGGGAUCCUCAUAGACAUAACACAGAGCUUGUAUGAGGGACUGCCGCCGUUCCCGCCCCCGCCGGAGCGGGCAAGGGAGAUGCGGCCGGAGGUGCUGCAGAUGUUGGAGUACUAUGUGGAAGGCCAACGAGAUAUCGUGGAAGGACUUCUUGCGUUUGCGCGUGCAAAGAAAGCGGAGAUCACCAGACGCGAACGGGAACUGGGGAUGUACCUUUCUGACGAAGAAGAGUAG